UCCUGCCGCUAGAUGGCGGGUACACCCAAAUGUUUCAGCAGGAAACGAAAACAAACAUGUCGUUGUAGCAUUUUUGCUUUGUAGUUUUACCCGUAGAGUUGUAUUGCACAAUGAUGUCAUUCGGUAAGUCGCGACACAAAAGUAAACGUUCGCCGGUUCCGGCCAUUCAGCUCGGCAAUCUGGAUAAAGUAGUCGCAAACAUACUCCUCGUCGUCUGCUCCGCUUGGGCCCUCCGAGAAAAUGGAGGUUACCAGCAGGACCGGGCGGUCGCCGCUGUCACUUUUUCAACAUGUCUCAUUCACGCUGUAGCUGGAGUUGUGCGCUAUGGCAACCCACAGUAUGGAGAAUCUCUGCGCUCCAUAUACCAGAACACUGCAUACUUUUGCCUCACCAUUGCUCCCUCUUUUUACGCUGCCCAACUUUCUCUUAUGUAUCAUACAGCGCAGGAAUAUGCUGCUUUUCUUGUCUUGUUCACCUUCGGCACAAUUGCAUGUCAUUAUUUACUAAUGAUGUGUCGAAAUGUCAAAAGUCCCGAAGUGGAAGGGAGUGAUCUAGCACUCAUAAGACUAAUCAUUUUUCUCAGUCUAGGUUUGAUUUUUGUAUUAAGUUACCUAAAACUUAACUACUAUGGCAUUACAUCUGGUUUAGUAUUUUCUUACUUCUUUUUUUAUCCCAGAGUAGCAGGCACAAUUUGUAAUAUGCCAACAAUUAAUUUGUUUCUCAUACAAUUGGCAUUUUUCAAUUUCAAUGCCAUGCGAUCCCUUCGUGACUAAACCUCAGACUAGAUACAAAAGUAUUUGUCUCCAAAGCAAAAUUAUGUAAUGGAAAUCCUCAAGGAUUUGACCCCCCAAAAUUUAUCAUAUCAUUUGUUGACACUUUCCACCUACCCAGUGGUCCAUGUUUUACUAUACUUUUCUAGAUUAAAAAAAAAAACUGUACAAAGUACAGCCAAAUUAAUGGAUGUUGAACUGUCUUAUGACAAGACCAAGUAGUCAGUGUGUAAGAUUUUUUUAUAUCGAACAUAUGAGCUUGUACCUGAAGUUGUAGUUUGAGUAGCAUUGUAACUUGCAGAUUAACUAUAUUUAUUUUAAAUAUAUUCUGCCUUGUGAAAGGCAAUUUAUUUUCCAAAUUAUGUUAGAUUUUCUAUGACUUUUAUGUGGAGCAUUUGUUUCUCAAACAUCCAUAUGAAGUAUUUUGUUGUUGUAUUUAUUUUUUGACUCAUUGUGCUAUUUGUUGUUUGUUUUUUGUUUUCUUCUUCAUGUACCUAUAAUGUUGUUAUCAUUCCUGUGAUGCAUAUUUGAGAGUGAUAGUGCCAUUCCAAUAAUCAGAGAAGGAACAUUUGAAUGUGUUAGAUGUUCUCAGUUCUCUGAAAAGUUACCCAAGUAUUUAUUCAUAGUUAGAAAUAUCUAGUGGUGACUUAAGUGUACUUUAUCACCCCCAUAUUAUGAUAUGUUGGGUAAGAAGCCCAUUUACUUAUUGAGACUAAUUCUUAUCAUUCCAUUUUUGCUUACUUUUAAUGAAAUGUAAGCUGUAUAAGCUCUCCCACAUAUGAACGUUAAUCCCAUUUAUGUUUUAUGGAUGUAUUAUUAAAAUGCCUUCACAAUGUAGAGCAUUAAAAGUCAAUUACACAUACUGCCUUGUCAAGUACAAAUCUUGAAUUUUGUCAUCGAGUCUCUCUUGUUAAUUACAGUCUUUCCAUAUGAAGGCUUAUUCCUUUUCUUAUGUGAAGUUUUCCUCUGCACUCUAAAAUUGGUUUUACCUAUGUACUCAUGUGUUCAUUUGAGACUUUGCUAAAUUGUAUCUGGUGUGUACGUGUGACUAAUAAAUUACCCAAUUUCUGAAAAGCCAUAAA